UGACACAAUAAUAAAAAUCGUCAUAACUUGUAACAAGAGAGCAAUUACGUCGAAACACGAAGCUGACUCAUAGGCAAGAGUACUUCUUCAGUCAACACUGAUAUGUCAUUUUGAUUAGAACCCUAGGGUCAUCAUUUGUCAAACUCAUCAUUUAUUUGCACAAAGAAUUAGAAAGGACAGACUUACCGCUUCGAACAGCAAUCUACGGAGAGUACGAGCGAGGAGGAGGACUCAGAAACUCAGCCGAGCGUUAUGAUCAGCUCUGUUGAUGAGAUUAUGGAGUCGGAAAGACCCGCAUUUUGUUUGAAUGAAGAAGAGCGAAAGUUGAAGACGUUUCACGAACGCAAAACAGACCUAGACGCGGCAAUCAAAUGGAUUGUGAAAGAAAUCAAAUUUCUCAAGCAGCAAGACCAGAACCUUAUGAAGCAGUUUGUACAACUCCGAGGUGUUCUCAACUCAAUCAGGAAUUGCCCGCCUCCAGUGUCUCCAAUCGAUCGAAAGAUCAGUCUUCCCGACACCUCUCCGAGUUCACCAAUCAGUCCAUUUUAUCGGAUUCCCGAAAAGUCUUCGGAGACGUAUUACAGAGACGAAGCCUCUCCGGGUCUCCGAAAAAGGGCAGCGUCAGAUAACUCGGGAAGGCCACUUCUGACUUAUUCCAUGUCUUCAUUGUCUUUUGACGAAAGCGACUUCACAAACGAAAACUUUGAGCACUUUGUGAUAUAAAAAAAAAUUAUAGAAGAUGGACUAAGACUUAUGAACAUAGUUUAACGAAUAGCUUUUUCGCGCAAUCGGAUUUAAAUAUUUGUAAAUUUUUGUAAAGAUUAAUUUCCAGAGUUGAGAUUUAAUAAAGUUCGGCAUA